GGAGAGAAGACAGCGGUGUCAGUGUAGAUACAAACAGCCGUUCUCAACAAACUUCAGAUUUAUUUUGUCCAGAGGCAAAGUCUACAUUUAAAUGGAAUUUCUGAAGUAUCUGAUGCUGUUGUUUCUCAUCGGUGACACAACAAAAUGUUUGUGCAACGGACAAGAUACAGACCUUUUCUACCCGUUUGGAAAUGAAGACAUAAGGAGUCCACGGACAGAUGAUGGAAGCUCUCCAGAAAUAUUACUGGAAAAGCCCUUUGUAUAUUUUGGACGUGUUUACCAAAAGACUUAUGUUAAUAACAAUGGGCAUUUGACAUUUGAUGGGCCUUUCUCACAACCAAUGCCCUACUAUUUACAGUCACAAUUCAACAGAGACAUCAUCGCUCCUCUUUGGACAGACAUGGACAACACUGUCAAUGGAACAAUCUCCUAUCGUCAGGUCACCAGUGGAGGACUCUUACUAGCAGCUUCAAACAACAUAAACCAGUAUUUUCCCAAUCUGAACUUCACUGCCUCAUGGCUCUUCAUUGCCACUUGGGAUAAAGUUCCAUACUAUAACAACUUACAAUCGAAGUCAACUUUUCAAGUGGUUUUGGUGUCUGGUAAAAACAUGUCAUUUGCAAUCAUGCAUUACGGUCAAAUCGCUCAGACCACACAACUUUUUAUGUCCGGCUAUGACACAAGUGAUUCAACUGAUUCCUUUCUAAUGCCCGUCUCUGACAUUACAUAUCUUCGGAACACAAGCAAUAUCAACGUCAAUGGUCGAUGGGUAUUCCGAAUUGACCGUGCAUCAGACCAAACUGACCUUUUCUACCCAUUUGGAAAUGAAGACAUAAGGAGUCCCUCUACAGACGAUGGAAGCUCUCCAGAAAUAUUACUGAAAAAGCGCUUUGUAUAUUUUGGACGUGUUUACCAAAAGACUUAUGUUAAUAACAAUGGCCAUUUGACAUUUGACGGGCCUCUCUCACAGCCGAAACCCAGUAACUUACAGUCACAACUCAACAGAGACAUCAUCGCUCCACUUUGGACAGACAUGGACAACACUGUCAGUGGAACAAUCUCCUAUCGUCAGGUCACCAGUGGUGGACUCUUACUAGCAGCUUCAAACAGCAUAAACCAGUAUUUUCCCAAUCUGAACUUCACUGCCUCAUGGCUGUUCAUUGCCACUUGGGAUAAAGUACCCUACUAUAACAACUUACAAUCGAGUUCAUCUUUUCAAGUUGUUUUGGUCUCUGGUGGUCCUCUGUCUUUUGUCAUGAUGAACUACGGAAAUAUCUCCUCUACGAAUCAACCGUUUCAGGCUGGCUAUGGCACUGUAAACUCAACAAAUUACUUUUCAAUACCUGUGCCUGAUGAAAAUAAGCUCUUCAACUCCACCAAUGUCAAUGUGCCAGGACGCUGGGCAUUUCGUGUUGAUGGUGGACCUAAGGAAGGAAUUUUCUACCCAUAUGGAGAUCAGGAUACAAAAAACCCUGCACAGUAUUUUGGAGGUUCUCCACUCAUCCCCCUGGCACAGCCGUUUGUCUACUUUGGGCAAAUUUAUAAUCAACUAUAUGUGAAUAACAAGGGAUAUGUGACUUUUGCUGGGCCAUUUUACCAGUCGUAUCCCAACUCUUUUCCUGCAUACUCUACAAGAGACAUCAUCGCUCCACUAUGGACAAACAUUGACAUUACACAGAGAGGAACUGUCUCUUACCGACAAGUAAACGAUCCUCGUCUCUUGAAUUGGGCCUCAAAAGACAUAAACCAAUAUUACCCAAACCUGAACUUUUCUGCUUCAUGGGCUUUAAUUGCUACAUGGGAUAGAGUACCAAACUACAUAUAUGGACAAACAUCGACCUUUCAGGUGGUUUUGGUGUCUGGCAAAAACAUGUCAUUUUCACUCAUACAUUAUGGUCAUAUUGCCCCAACAUAUUAUAUGCAGUCUGGCUAUGACACAAGUGACUCCACUGAUUUCUUUUCGAUUCCUGUCUCCGACGUUACAUACCUUUCAUACACAAGCAACGUCAACGUCAUGGGUCGAUGGGUAUUUCGAGUUGACCUUGCAUCAGACAACAGUGGACUGUUCUAUCCAUUUAGGAACAGCCCCAAACUAAACCUUCUACCGUAUUAUGGAUUUUGGAUUGGCUACAUGCAGGCUCCAUUUUCUUACUUUGGGCUCACAUACAGAUAUGUUUAUGUCCACAAAAAUGGAUUUCUUACAUUCAACUGGCCAUCCUUUCCAUUAAAUUCCCCAACUUUUCCUGCAAAUAUAGACAUUGUUGCUCCACUGUGGACAGAUAUUGACUACAGUCAAAUUUACAUUCAACAAUUCAGAGGUGUCCGAGUACUACAGAGAGUUACAAAUAAUAUACGUCAAUAUUUCCCUAACGCAAAUUUCACUGCCAACUCAGUUUUUGUUUGUACUUGGGAUAAAGUGGCUUAUUCCAACACUUCAGCACAGAAUUCCUCUUUUCAGUUACUGCUGAUCUCUGGUUCUGGAUUGACAUUCAUUAUAUUUAAUUAUGGUAGUAUUCCCCAAACUAAAAAUAUUGCUCUGGCUGGAUAUGACACUAUUGAUUCUACCAGUUAUUAUACAAUUCCUGUGCCUAACAUCGCUAACCUGGCCUUUUCCACAAACAUUAAUGUUUUGGGCCGUUGGGCUUUUCGUGUCGACACAAUGCCAACGGAAAAUGGUUUGUUUUAUCCAGCUGGCUAUCAAAACACUCAGUAUCUCUGUCGAGGUAAUGGAAGCUCACCAGCUCUGCUCUUGCAGUAUCCUUUCUUGUACUUUGGACGCAAAUACCACAACUUAUAUGUCAACAAUAAUGGAUAUUUGACGUUUGAACCAUUUUAUGAAAGCCUCCCCAAGGCUUUCCCUGCCAACUCUCCUAGAGACAUUAUAGCUCCACUCUGGGCAAAGUUCGACUGUAGCGUCAAAGGAAGCAUCUCCUACCAAAUUGUAACUCGGGGCCAUAUUCUGGACCGGGCGAGAAAUGAUAUCAAACAGUAUUUCCCUCAGUUUGGGUUCUCAGUGCAAAUAGUCUUUAUUGCUACUUGGAAUGGGGUGCCCUACUUAAACAGCCCCACAACGGAGUCCUCCUUCCAAGUUGUUCUAGUCAUUUGCAGAACUUUUUCCUUCAUCGUAAUGAACUACGGAAAUAUCUCCUCAACUGAUCAGAGGUUUCAGGCUGGCUAUGACACAAUAAAAUCAGCAAAUUAUUUUUCAAUCCCUGUGCCUGAUGAAAGUAAGCUGUUCAACUCCAGUAACGUCAAUGUCCCGGGACGCUGGGUGUUUCGUGUUGACGGUGGACCUGAGGAGGGAAUAUUCUACCCAUAUGGAGAUGUAGAAGAUGAGAUGUGUCCUCGGUCAGAUGAUGGAAGUUCUCCACCGAUUUCUCUCCUGCAGCCGUUUGUGUACUUUGGCCGUGUAUAUGACAAAAUAUUUGUGAAUAAUAAUGGAGAUCUGACCUUUGACAGGCCGCGUUAUCAGUGGUAUCCCUAUUAUUUUCCUGAUUACUCAUCUACAGACAUCAUCGCUCCACUAUGGACAGACAUUAAUAAUAAUAUUAAAGGAACCAUCUUCUACCGACAAGUAACAGAUGCUCGUCUCUUGAAUCGGGCAUCGAGAGAAAUAAACAAAUAUUUUCCCAAACUGAAUUUUACUGCCUCAUGGGUUUUUAUCGCUACGUGGGAUAAAGUACCGUACUAUGGAAAAAGCAAUGCGGAAUCAACUUUCCAAGUGGUUUUGGUGUCUGGCAAAAACAUGUCAUUUACUCUCAUGCAUUAUGAUUUUAUCACUUCCACCCUAAGCGUAGAGUCCGGCUUUGACACGAUUAACUCUACCAAUUUUUUUUCAAUUCCUGUUUCUGACGUCGCAAAUCUGUCAUACACAAGCAAUGUCAACGUCAUGGGUAGAUGGGUAUUUCGUGUUGACAACUCAUCAGAAAACGAUGGAUUCUGUAGGACAACAAACACUCAAGCUUCCUCAGAUGAUGUUUCUAGUGCUCUGAUGUGUGGAACGACCCCAGUUACCACCAGCAGCAGGACAGUAGGAGGUCAGAACGCUUCAGCAGGACGCUGGCCCUGGCAGGCUAGUCUUCUUCUGCUAAGCAGACACAUCUGUGGAGGUUCUCUCAUCAACAAAGAAUGGGUGCUGUCUGCUGCACGUUGUGUUCUUGGAUAUCCAACUGUUGCUUUCACUGUGGUUUUGGGGCGACAGAUCCAGGGAGUCUUCAGCCCCAAUGAAGUGUUCAGAUAUGUGAGGAGAAUCAUCAAACAUCCCAGUUACAACAAUUUGACAAACGAAAACGAUAUCGCUCUUCUCAAAUUGAGGACACCCGUCACCUUCACCGACUACAUCAGACCCGUGUGUCUAGCAGCUUAUAACAGUGUGUUCAACAGCGGCACAGACAGCUGGAUCACUGGAUGGGGAAACAUUAGUGAAGGAGUGGCUCCUCCGUCCCGUCAAGUUCUUCAGGAAGUAGAGGUUCCUGUAAUUGGUAACAGACAGUGCAACUGUCUCUAUGGAGUUGGAAAUAUAACAGACAACAUGAUCUGUGCUGGUCUCCUGGAAGGAGGCAAAGAUUCGUGUCAGAGGGACUUAGGAGGUCCGAUGGUGAGCAUGCAGAGCUCUGUAUGGGUUCAGUCUGGUAUUGUUAGCUUUGGGACUGUCUGUGCUGGACCUGAACUUCCUGAUGUGUACACCAGAGUAUCACGCUAUCAGGAAUGGAUCAGCUCUUUUGUGUGCAGUGAUCCUCCAGGUUUUGUGCAGUUUACCUCCGCUGAAGCUGAUCCUGACUACAGUUACAGCUGUCCGGGCCUUCCUCCUCCUCCUUCCCCAUCCACAGAUACAGAAUUUAUAAUUCUAUCUUAUACAGCAUCUCCUCCACAAAAUCUUUGGCUAUUAUGUUUUCUGUUGCUUCUACCGGUAAUCGCCUUUGUUUUAUAUGCAAUGAAACACUGCCGCUUUGGGUCAUUAAGAUUUAUUUUGAAAGAUAUUUAUACGUCCAUUCAGCAAAGACGCAUUAAACGGAACGGACGUAACAACAAAGACAUUUAUAGUGACACAAAGGUUUUCUAUACCAAAUAAGCGCCAUUCAUUUGAAAAUAUUCAAAGCGUACGGUUUCCAUGCAUAUAUGUAAAAGCACAACUUUUAAAACAUUGGUAAUAACAAAUGUUUACUGAGCAGCAAAUCAGCAUAUUAGAAAGAUUUCUGUAGGAUCAUGUGACGGUGAAGACUGGAUUAACGGUGCUGAAAUUUCAGCUAUA